AUGCGCGCGAUACGACGUGCCUGCUCUAGACCCCGAACUGGAUUACCAAGAAGGCAAGGUACCCGUUUAACAAGUGUUUCGAAUCCGGCUUCUGUCGGUGGCGAGGGAAAUUCAAUGAAGGACAAAAUGCCACUCACCAGAAAAUGCAGAAUGCCGAGCAAAAUAUCCUUUCGUGUGGCUCAUGUAUCGGGCCAAGACGUCAACUACAGAGCAACAGAACUCAACCAUCAUGGACCCCUAACAAAAGGAUGGCAGUCGAGCAGAUUUUGUAUGUAUCCACAAGACAUCGUUCUUCAACUCAAUGGACGAGCCAGAAUCAAGAAGAUACAAAUUCUCUCUCAUCAAUACCUGAUCACAUCUAAGAUUGAAAUUUUUAUCGGUGAUGUUGCCGAAGAAACCCAAGUGGACAUCAAAAACGUCCGAUAUAUUCGCCUUGGGUACAUUUCUUUAUCCACUAAUGAGAAAACCAACUUCCGCGCCCGGGAACUGAAAUCGGUCCAAGUUGACGCCACUGGCUAUUUUCUGAAACUUAACCUGCACAAGAACUAUAUCAACAAACACAACCUUUACAAUCAGGUUGGCAUUGUUGCCAUAAAUAUUAUUGGAGAUGAAGUCCUGGAUGAUGCAAAACAUGUCUCAACUCCAAUUCUAGAAGAGGAACCAGUUGUAGAAUCGCCACUGGACGUUUUUUCCAAGCCCGAUUAUAUUUCACCUUUAGAUGAUCUGGCUUUUGACAUGUACCAAGAUCCUGAAGUGGCUCAGCUGAUCAGAAAACUCGAAAGGAAAAAACAAGAAGCUGUUCUUCAGGAACGAUAUGAGUUUGCAAAACGGAUUAAAACUGGAAUUGAAAAACUUCAAAAGGGUGGUGAACGAUUGGGUAAACUUGAAGUCGAAAAGCGACACGCUGCCGAGAAUGAAGAUUUCGACAAAGCAUUACAGAAAAAAUUACAAAUCGACGAUAUCAGACUGCAACUCUACAAACAAUUGGACCUUACUAAUCUUCUGGAAAUGAACUCUCCUUUAAUGUCUUUUCAACCUAUGGAAACUAAACCUUCUGACAAUCCCAAAGAAAUAACUGAUUUCAUUCCAAAGAUUGAUCUUUCUUCUCCGAUUUCUCUCUCAACUCAAAGAAGCGUGCCUCGAACGCCAUAUGAAGAACGGCCCUUACCAAUUACAAACAGGUAA